AUGCCCCGAUACAGUGUAAAGACGUUGAUUGAACUGAGCGACUCAGAGCUUGUCUCGAAGCCAGAAUUCAAGUUCUCGAGUUUCGAAAAAGUGGACCCAGCAUCCUAUCACGCCGACGUCCACCGACCCCGUCGUCGCUCGAGCAAUCACCAUCACCAGCGUCCGGCGCCUCCAGUUGCGAUUAUUCCUAACCAUAUUCUCGCUGCUAGCAAAGAGGGCACGCCCGCAUCGUCUGCAGUGGUAGAAGAAGAGAACGAGGACGAAUCCGAAGAGGGCACCCCCGACGGCGACGACGAGCUGGCUGCUCAUUACUUUUUGCGACGCCAGGAGCUCAACAAGAAGAAGGUACCUCAGGCAAACCACCCUCAUGGUACGACUGGGGUUCAACUGAGCUAUGCAGCUGCUUUGGCCCACACUUCGACCAUUGGGCGUCACCCGCUGGAGGGUGAGAACGACAAUGCUGUAGGCGACGAAGAGGAAGCUGGCGACGAAGGCUGGAUUAGUGUUAGCCAGCAUAAACCUCGUCGCAAGAGCUUUUCUGAUCGACGGGCCCGAGGCUCGUUCUCGCGCUGGCGCAGAGAUAGCUCGGAGUAA